AACCUCUUCAUGAGCCUGAACAAGGACGGCUCCUACACUGGUUUCAUCAAGGUGCAGCUGAAGCUGGUGCGCCCCGUCUCGGUGCCGGCCACCAAGAGGGUCCCCUCGCUGCAGGCAGGGCGGCCGGGGCCGCGUGCCCAGGGGGUCAAGCGCCGCACGUCCUUCUAUCUGCCCAAGGGGACCGUCAAGCACCUCCACAUCCUCUCACACACCCGCGCCAGCGAGGUCAUCGACGCCCUUCUCCGCAAGUUCACCGUUGUCGACAACCCCCGCAAGUUUGCCCUCUUUGAGAGGUCCGAGAAGGAUGAGCAAGUAUACGUGCGGAAGCUGGCGGACGACGACCAGCCCCUGCGGCUGCGGCUGCUGGCCGGCCCCAGCGAGAAGGUGCUCAGCUUCGUCCUGAAGGAGAACGAGACCGGGGAGGUGAAC